CGACAGGAAGUAAACUCCUGGGCUGCAGUGCUGCGUGAGGUCCCGAGCUCCUGAGUCUGACAGCGCCACGAUCUCCUCUCCCUUCUUUUCGCCGCGAUGGAUAAUGCCUGCGAGUCUCCCACUGAAAAAGGUGGAGAGACAGGGGAGUCAGAUGAGACGGCAGCUGCUCCCGGGGUUCCCGGGGUUACUGAUACGGACGGAAUCCCGGAGGAAACUGACGGAGAUGGGGACUUGAAAGAAGCCGCAGCAGAAGAAGGCGAGCUCAAGAGUCAGGAUAUCUCAGAUUUAACAGCUGUUGAAAGGGAAGACUCAUCAUUACUUACUCCUGCAGCCAAAAAGCUGAAAAUAGAUACCAAAGAAAAGAAAGAGAAGAAGCAGAAAGUGGAUGAAGAUGAGAUUCAAAAGAUGCAAAUCCUGGUUUCUUCUUUUUCUGAGGAGCAGCUGAACCGUUAUGAAAUGUAUCGCCGGUCAGCUUUCCCUAAGGCAGCCAUUAAAAGGCUGAUCCAGUCCAUCACUGGCACCUCUGUGUCUCAGAAUGUUGUUAUCGCUAUGUCUGGUAUUUCCAAAGUUUUCGUCGGGGAGGUGGUAGAAGAAGCACUGGAUGUGUGUGAGAAGUGGGGAGAAGUGCCACCGCUACAACCCAAACACAUGAGGGAGGCUGUUCGGAGGUUAAAGUCAAAGGGGCAAAUUCCCAACUCGAAGCACAAAAAAAUCAUCUUCUUCUAGACCAAAGUCCAGAAGGGCCUGAAGGAAGAAGUACUGGUUCCAGACUCCCUAUUGCAUGAGACUUUGUGCAGUGGUGCUUUAGUAUCUCAGUCCUCCAAGGAUUCCAUGAUUUUAAUAUCUUUCUCAAAACUCUAAUAUUCAUUACACCUAAAAGAAGGCAUGCAGCCUGUUUCAUACUUGCCUUGACUAAUUAUUGGGGCCUCUGAAGGCAUUUUACCAUUCAUUACUGGCUGGUUGAAAGAAGAGAGGUACAUGGGCCUUAAGCAUCUUCUGGACAGAGGAGCUGCUGUCAGAAAGAAAACCUUUCCCAGAAGGUUUGAUGGUUUCACGUUGAAGCCUGAAGUUGCGGUGACUUAGGUUGUUUCAUGCAGCUGGUUUUAAGUAAAUGAAACCACCAGAAACUUUUGACUUGUGAUACUCUACCAUGAAGGACAUGGUGAUAGCAGGAGUGGUGGAAUAGUUUGUCCCUGUAAACAGUUAAGAUUCUUCUAUGAAUUUUGGUGAGUGAUCAUUAAACUGUUUUACAACA